AUGAUAGCUGAAGGGGAUUUCCCUGUAACAAUUAUGGAGAACUUACAAAAACAAAAACAGAAUGUGAUGGAUGCACUGUCAUUGAAAGAAUCCUCUAUUAAUCAUGCAUUUUAUGAUACUUCUCCACCAUUACAGCUUUCAAAGCCAAAAUCCACGAGCCUUAGUCUCCCAAAUUCAAUCAACUCAUCACCUUUGUUCACUUCAAAGAGAAAAUCCAAAGGUUCUGUUGUAGAAUCUCCAGGUCAAGCUAGUAACUUGACACUCAAGCAUCAAUAUUUACUAAAAGAAAUCAAGUUAAGGAAAAGCAAGUCAUGCGGUGAAGGAAGAGCAAGUUUAUCACCCUUUGAUGAAUUUGAUCAUUGGUUAAUCAAACCAAGUAUGGUGGAACAUGAUUACACUAAUAUCAAACAUGAAAGCUUCUCUGAAAAUGAGGCUAUCAAAGAACAUCAUACGAAUGACAGUGACCUUGAAACAAAUGCAGAAGAAGGGUUCAAAUGCAGUGUUCUUUGCAUGUUUUUGCCGGGAUUCGGCAAAGCAAAGUCAGCUAAAACUAAAAAAGAAGGAUCAGAAAUGGAAGGUACGAUAUCAAGGACAGUUUCUUUAGAAAAGUUUGAAUGUGGUUCUUGGGCUUCUUCUGCACUAUUCAAUGACAUUGAAACAGACAACACAAGUUCCUAUUUUGAUCUACCAUUGGAAUUGAUCAAAGGAAGUAGUUAUAAUGAUGUACAUGCACCUGUUACAUCAGCUUUUGUCUUUGAGAAGGACCUUAAAGGGGUUCUCAAGAAUGGUUCUUCUAGAACAAAUGCUAGAAAAUCAGAUACAUCACCUUAUCAUGUUAGGUUUUCUACAUCUUCUACUUCUCAUUACUCUCCCUCUCCAGCAUCAUGCAAUACUCCUAGCUUGAGAAACACGAAAGUCGAUUUUAAUGCCUUCUUAGAAGCGCAGAGUACUUGAGGAAAUAAGAGAAAUUUUCUCUCAUUAGAUCUAAAUCUUCCCAUAGCUAUUGCAUAAUGUAGCAGCUACGGGGAGAUUCAAAUUCAAUAUUUGAGGUUGAGCACGAUUGAAUCACUCCAAUGGAAAGUGGAGUUAGAAAAAAAAUACUCGCAUUCAUUUGUAUGUUGUUCUGCCACUUUUUAACAUGAUUGUUUAGCAUGAGCUACAUGAUUACUAAUUAAUUUACUAGGGAAAGGCAAAAUAUAUUUUUGUCUAGUGAUUACAAUGAUUGCACACAAUCUUCUCAUUAUGCAAAGAGUAUAUUUGCAAAUAAUAAGUGCAGUCCUUCUUAUUAAA